AUGAUAGAACAAUUUGAAAAUAAAAAUGAAAAAUUAUUUUUUUCUAUAUGGAGAAAUUGUUACUUAAAAAAUGAAAUUAUAAAAUCUAUGAGACUUUUAAAACAAAAUGAAUUUAAAUUGUUUUUUAGGUUAGAAGAUUUAAGGAGGUAUAAAUAUAGGGAUUACCUAUGUGGAAUUGUAAUAGCAGAAAAUAAAGAAAUUCAAAAAAAUGAUAUUCCAGAUAAUGGAGGUAUCCCAUUCAAUUGUUCAUUUAUUCCAAAUACAGUAAAAGAACUUCAUUUUGAUAGAAUAUAUUCAAAUUUAAUUUGUUUUGAAAAAUUACCAACAUCAAUAGAUACAAUUAAUAAUUACUAUUACGAAAAUAGGUAUAAACCAAAGGUAGCUGUAACUCCAUCAAUUAAAACAUUAAUAUUUACAAAAUACCAAGGUAAAAUAACCAAUGAAACUAUACCAAAUACAGUUGAAACUUUAAUAUUUGGAAAAAAUUGGAAAAUGUUUAUUGCAAAGAUUUUACCAGAUUCUUUAACUCAUUUAAUUUUAACAAUUAACCACCCAUUUAAUUCACAAGAUGAAAAUAAAUAUUUUUUACCAAAGUUUUUAAAAACUUUACAAAUUAAUUCCGAUUUAAUUGGUAUUAAAAAAGACAUGUUAUCAAAUACAAUUGAAAAUUUAACAUUAAAUAUUUAUAAUGAAAAUCCAAUUGAAAAACAAUCAAUUCCCAAUAGUGUUAAAAAUUUAAAUUUAACAAUUUCAGGAUAUAAAACCAAACUUUUAAUUUCAAAUGAAAUUUUACCAAAAUCAUUACAAAAAUUAUUAAUUAAAAAUGUUGGUUUUAUAUAUAUUGAGAAUGAUUCAUUCAAAUUUACAAAUAAUUUAACUGAAUUAAAUUUAAUUGGUAGUCAAUUUAAUGAUGAUUUAAUUAAAGAUUUAUUACCACCAUCAUUAUUAAUAUUAAAAUUAUCAAAAUGUUUCAAUAAACCAAUUUAUUUAAAUAGUUUCCCAAAUAAUUUAAUUCAUUUAGAAUUUGGUAAAAUGUUUAAUCAUCCAAUAUUACCAUCUGUACUACCAUCAUCAUUAACAUUUUUAAAAUUAUCAGAUCAUUUUAAUCAAAAAAUUUUUCGUACUAGUUUUCCAAUAAAUUUGAAAUCUUUAAUUUUUGGUGAAUUAAGUAGUAAUUUUAAUCAAAUAAUUGAACCAAACAUUUUACCACAAUCAAUUACAUAUUUGGAUUUUUAUUGUCCAAAUUAUAAAUAUAUUAUUGAUACUCCAAAUAUAUUACCAUCAUCAUUAAUAACAUUAGUAAGAUCAAACUCUAUUAAACAUUUAAUAACUGAGAAUGCUUUGCCAAUAACUUUAAAGUUUAUUAAAUAUUAA